AUGCUGAAGCCGGGGGAUCAGAGCGGUUCUGCUUUCCUCAAAGUGGAUCCGACUUACCUUCAGCACUGGCAGCAGCUUUUCCCACAGAGUCAGCUGAAGAACUGCGCGAUUCCGCAAAUCCCGGCGCCCGACCGAGCGCCUGUAGCGGCGGAAAGCCUCCGCCAGAGAACCACUUUAAUUUCCUCCACCACCGCCGCCUCAGCUGCUUUAACACCGUCCUCGAGCUCGUCGUGCGCUCCUGCCGUGUCCGCGCUCACGGGCUUAUCGCAGCUCUCCGCGCCACAGCUCGCGCUAUUCGGACACACGCUGUGCACCGAGGUUCCACCGGCCGAAAACAGCGGCGCGUCUCAGUCCAAGGAACUUUGCCUGCAGUCCAACUUUAACGACAAAGCGUCCCGGUUGAAGCUGACCUCAGAGGAACUGGACUACUAUCUAUAUGGACAGCAGAGGAUGGAGAUUAUCCCACUGAACAAUCACAUCAGUGAUCUCAAUAACCGCUGUGACAUGUGUGCAGAUAACCGGAACGGUGAGUGCCCUAUGCAUGGGCCCCUGCACUCACUGCGGCGCCUGGUAGGGACAAGUAGUGCAUCAACUGCUGUGCCACUUCCCGAGGUUCCCGAAUGGCUCCGUGAUCUACCCCGUGAAGUCUGCCUCUGCACCAGCACAGUUCCAGGCCUGGGCUAUGGUAUCUGUGCUGCCCAGCGCAUACCACAGGGCACUUGGAUUGGGCCUUUUCAGGGUAUUCCUCUUAUGCUGGAGAAGGUGCAGUCUGGAGCGGUGUGCAACACAAGACACUUAUGGGAGAUCUAUGACCAGGAGGGCACGUUACAGCACUUUAUUGAUGGCAAUGAUCCAAGCAAGUCAAGCUGGAUGAGGUACAUCCGCUGUGCCAGACACUGUGGGGAACAAAACAUGACAGUGGUUCAGUACAGAUCAUGUAUUUUCUACCGGGCUUGUAUGGAUAUUCCACGAGGAACAGAGCUUCUGGUCUGGUACAAUGAUAGUUACACCUCCUUCUUCGGCAUCCCCCUGCAGUGUAUUGCACAGGAUGAAAACUUGAAUGUGCCAUCUACUGUAAUCGAGGCCAUGUCCCGACAGGAAAGCCUGCAGCCUUUCAGCAAAAUGUCCAAAUCCUCUUCAUCUGCCAUGCUGCAGCGCUCCAUGGUUUUCCCUCACUCGCCCUGCUCACGGAGUUUCUCUCUCCUGGACAAGGUGGGCAAUAUAGAAUCUGGCUUUAACCAGCUGAACACCAAGAACCAGCGGGUCCUGGCCAGUCCCACAUCCACCAGUCAGCUUAACAGUGAGUUCAGCGACUGGCACCUCUGGAAGUGUGGCCAGUGCUUCAAGACCUUCACACAACGCAUUCUCCUGCAAAUGCAUGUGUGCACACAAAACCCAGACAGACCAUAUCAGUGUGGACACUGUUCACAGUCCUUUGCCCAGCCUUCAGAGCUACGCAACCACGUUGUAACACAUUCCAGUGACCGGCCCUUCAAGUGUGGCUAUUGUGGCCGAGCUUUUGCCGGAGCCACAACACUGAACAACCACAUCCGCACCCACACUGGGGAGAAGCCAUUCAAAUGUGAGCGGUGUGAGAGGAGCUUCACGCAAGCCACACAGCUUAGCAGACAUCAGCGGAUGCCCAACGAGUGCAAACCCAUCAGCGAGAGCAGCGAAUCAAUUGAGGUGGAUUAGUUGAUUGACCAUGCCGGAAUUAAACAGCGAGGGAAAGUCAUGAUUAAAUGUCACGGACACUUAAGCAAAACCAAAGAUUUCCUCUGAGAAACUCUCUAUCAGCCCCAGAAAACCAAAAGCAGUAAUAAAAUA